UGACCUCUAAUCCCUCUAAAAACUUAAACUGUACAUAUCCUCAACAGCAGUGAUGACCUCAUGAUCAUUAUAUUAUACCCUCCCUUCCCUUGAUUUAAAGACAUGAGAUACUUUUCACUAAGCAAAAAAAAAUGGAUUUUCUGCAACAUGUAAGACAUUCAAGAGCAAAACAAUACUUGGAUGGUUUUCCUAAUGCCAGUCUGUUACUUGAAGCAACUGCAACAGAAGAUAAAGAACACUUCCUUAAUCUACUCGAAAAAAACCCAGGUGUUCUCGAAGACUCCACCACCGCAGUAGCAUUAGAUGAAAACUCCACCACCGCGGUAGCAUCAGAUGAAACUCAAUUACAAGCAGCCUCAAAGUUGGGGCAUAUAGUAAUAGUGAGAGAGAUGGUACCAAGAAAGCCUGAAUUUGCAAGAGAGUUUAACAAAGAUGGGUAUGGUUGUUUGCACCUGGCUUCUUCCAUGGGACACCGUGAGGUUGUGCAGUACCUAAUCAAAUGCAAUAUUGGCAAAGACCUAUGUCUUUUCAAUGACAAAUUUGGGAUGACACCACUUCAUAGUGCAGCUGUGAACAGGAGGCUUGAAGUUAUGAGGGCAUCCCUGCUCGAUGCGUGGCCUGAGUCUGUCAUGGUGGAGACUGAGAGAAGAGAGGCAGCUCUUCAUAUUGCAGUCCUGUAUAAUCAGAUGAGUGAGGCGGAGGAACUCAUCAAUGCCAAGGACAGUGGUGGCAAUACAGUUCUUCACCUUGCUACCUCCAGGAAACAAUUCCAGACUCUGGAGACAUUGCUUGUGGGUAAUCCUACCAAUAAGGCUUCAGUGGAGGUGAAUACUGUGAAUGCCCGUGGUUUUACAGCUUUGGACAGCUUUGAUGUCCAACUGCCAAGUGGCAAACAGAUGGACAUGGAAAUCGACAAGAUCCUCCGAAGAGCAGGAGCUUUACAAGCCAGACACUUAUCCACACCAAACCUAGGCCUACCCAAUGGCAGAGAUGAAGUUCUUAUCGACAUCAAGAACAUUUUUAACAAACAGCCUUCACAUGACCCCUUCAUCAAAUCCUCCAAAAAUUUAAAACAACUGCCAAUAGAUGAUGCGUAUAACAUAAUGUUACUAGCAGCAGUAGUGGUAGCAACUAUGACCUUUUAUACAGCACUGUGCCGUCUUGACACCCUCCAACAAAAUAUAAUUAUUCCAACAGGUUUGUUCAUAUUCUUCAACUCUGCAGGGUUUUUUACAUCAAUAGCCAUGAUUAUAUACCUCACAGAUGAGCAACCCAUGAAACUAUGGCUUCUAAUCUCUUUGUCCUCACUGCUUGGAUCUUAUACAUGCUUAAUAACCAAAAUAUCGCCAAAUGUACCUCUCAAUCUGCUCUGCCUAGCAAGUCCUGCCCUGCUUUUGGCAGCUGCCAGGGUUUUUGCCAUUUUUUGCAGCUCGAGUUGCAAGUACCUGCCAUGGAAAUGCACAAGGAAUCUUGAUAUCUAUUAAUGUCAGACACUUUAUUCAAUGAUUCAGAAAACCUCUCCCCGAGUUAAAUGGUUUUUUUCACCUUAAGGCUUCAAAUUUAGAGGUUCUCUAUUGGCAGAAUAUAGUGCUGUGUAUGAGCUGUAAGAUAUGUCGUGUUCUGUAAAUUCUUGUCUGAAAACUGUUUGGAUUUUAAUAAUUUGUAUUAUAUGAAUGUUUUUUACCUAGAACAAUGAAAGUGCACCAGUCAUAUUAAUGUACCCAA